AUGUCUAUCAGCAUCAGCAAGGUCUCCUUUGAGCACUACGAGCCCGGCGCUGCGCUCAGCACGGACGCUCCGCGAAUCUCGUGGCGAUUCGACGGAGACGCAAAAGACUGGGUGCAGUCUAGUUACGAGGUAGCCGUUACGCGUAAUGGCAAGACGAACACUUUCAAAGUCGAGUCAAGCGACAGCGUACUUGUCCCAUGGCCCGACACUCGUCUCGCCAGCCGAGAGCGUGCCACCGUCUCAGUCACCGCUCACGGCAAGGACGGGUCGUCGGCCACGGCGACUGCCGAGGCCGAGGCGGCGUUGCUCAACCAGGAUGACUGGUCCGCGCAAGCUGUCUCGCGGCCAGCAUUCCCAGAUGGCGUGGCGAAGCGCCCUUUCCUUCUCCGCCGUCGUUUCGACCUCAAGGCGGUACCCAAGACUGCGCGCCUCUACAUCACUGCGAUGGGCGUGUACGAAGCGACUCUCAAUGGCAAGCGGAUUGGCGAUCACGUCCUCGCACCGGGUUGGCAGGCGUACAAAUACCGUCUAGCGUACCAGGUGUUUGAUGUCGCGCCGUUUCUCAAGGAGGGCGAGAACGAGCUCUCAGCUUGGGUCGGCGAGGGUUGGUGGUCGGGCCGACUUGGCUUCCACGGAGGUACCCGGGAUAUCUGGGGUUCCCGGCCCUCUCUCAUUGCCCAGCUCGAAGGCGAUGGCCAUGUCCUCGCCCAGACGGAAGAGGGGUGGGAGUGGGCGGAGGGACACAUCCUCGGUUCCGAGCUGUACGACGGUGAGGCGAUCGACACCAACGUCUCGGUCGGGGAGUGGAAGGCUGCCGAGGUGCUCGCGCGUCCUCAGAACCUCGUCGCGCCGCAGGCGCCUCCUGUGCGUCGCACUGGGUUCGUUCCGGCAAGAGAGAUCAUCACGACUCCGAGCGGUAAGACAGUCAUCGACUUUGGCCAGAACCUCGUGGGCUGGGUACGAUGGAACAAGCAGGUGGACGGGACCGGGACCGUCACCAUCCGACACGCCGAGGUUCUGGAGCACGGCGAGCUCGGCACCCGACCACUGCGCGUAGUAAAAGCUACGGAUACUGUCGUGCUUGGCGGCCAGACUGAGGGAUACGAGCCCACGUUCACGUUCCACGGCUUCCGCUACGCCGAGAUCUCGGGGUUCCCGCGCGAGGUCGAGACGAGCGACUUUACGGCAGUCGUCGUGCACUCGGACUUUGAGCGCACUGCGCACUUUGAGAGCUCGCACAAGGAGCUGAACCAGCUGUACUCGAACGUUGUGUGGGGAUUGCGCGGCAACUUUGUGUCUGUGCCUACCGACUGCCCGCAACGUGAUGAGCGAUUGGGCUGGACCGCCGACUUGAUGGCGUUUGCGCCGACUGCGUCGAUGAUCUACGACGUGACUGGUCUCGUGGGCGAGUGGCUGGGCGACGUCGCCUCGGAGCAGCUCGACUACGGUAAGGGCCGACCGCCAUUCAUCGUUCCAAACAUCCCUCUGCCGGGACAAACACAGAUCCAACCUCCGCCUCCGGUUGCAGUGUGGAGUGACGUGGCCACUAUUACACCUCUUGACCUGUACACCACCACUGGUGAUGUCGGGCUUCUCCGCGAACAGUGGGCCAGCAUGAAGGCGUGGCUUGAUGAGGGCAUCCCGCGCACAGAGUCGGGGCUGUGGAAACGCGUCUUCCAGUUCGGAGACUGGCUCGAUCCUCGCGCGCCUCCAGACGACGCUGCGAAUGGUAUGACGGAUCCGACCCUUGUGGCCGACGCGUAUCUGAUCCACUCAGUGCGAAUUGCUGCCAAGGUCGCUGGUAUCCUUGGACACGAGGAGGAUAAGAAACGGUAUCAAGCCCAAGCUGAGCAACUCCUCGACGCGUUCCACGCAGAGUACGUGAGCCCUAAUGGAAGAAUCGCGUCGGAUUCGCAGUGCGCGUACGUCAUUGCGCUUCAGUUCCAGCUUGCCAAGAGUGAGGAGGAGGCCGAGUCCUGGGCGGCAACCCUCGAACGCCUUGUCCGACAAGGUAUCUUCAAGGUCGGUACUGGGUUUGCGAGCACGCCUUUUGUGCUUCUCGCCCUGGCUGCGCAUGAGCGCCUGCAAGUGGCUUAUCGUAUGCUCCAAGAGGGCGAGUGUCCCAGCUGGCUGUAUCAGGUCAAGAUGGGAGCUACGACCAUGUGGGAGCGUUGGGACAGUAUGCUGCCGAAUGGCGACAUCAACCCCGGCGAGAUGACGAGCUUCAACCACUACGCGUUCGGCAGCGUGGGUGCGUUCCUGCACGAGGUCAUUGGCGGAAUCCGCGCCCUGGAGCCUGGAUGGAAGCGAAUCGCUAUCCAGCCCCGCCCAGGAGGCACGCUUACAGACGCGGCAACAUCGUUCACAACGCCAUACGGCUCAGUCACCUGUCGCUGGGCGCUGAAUGCGGACCGCACAAUCAUCAAGGCGACAGUCACCGUGCCGCCCAACACUACUGCCGAGGUCACGAUCGGCGACCAGGUCCAGGAGCUCGGCAGCGGUACUCAUGUGCUCGAGGGCGCGUGGAAGGACGAGGGCGAGUGGCCUCCAGCGCCAAUCACGUACUUCCACUUCCCCGGGGACGAGAAGAAGUCGACCUAUGUGGCGUAA